GAUGAGCCAGAACAUGAUGCUGUUUCACCUCCGCAACACCAGAAGCUACACAAGAAAAGUUUCUACAACACCCUUUUGGCCACCAGACUCGAGAAGAUGAGUUUUUUCAGCUGGCACAUGAUCUCUUGAUAUACUUCCGCCAUAGUGGGUUUUUCGGAGCACUGGUGAUCAGACUACGCACUGGUACAGAUCACCAGAGAUGAAUGGAAAGGAAGACAAAGAAGGCGGGUACGAGCUUCAUUAGGGCGUACCUGUAGCCGCACGUGGUACAACUCACGUACCAAAACACCAGUCUCCAGCUGGACAUAGUACAAGAGCAGACCUCCUAAAAACGCCGUUCGCUGCGCGGACAGAGCUAGUUGCUCCACUUGAGAUGCGAGGCCCUGCGCUGUUCACGAUUCGCCUCCCAAUUUGGAAAAGGCUAGCACCACAUCAAGUGCCGUAGAUGAACAAGCGACGAGGAAGAGUCUCUCUCCCUCUCUUUCUCUCUCUCUCUCUCACUGGCACGCGUGCGUGUCCCUGGGUCCACGCGGCCAGGCUUGUCCGUGUGUUUCUGGUCGUCUCUGGGGAGCGUGUCAGGCUGUGAGGUUUUGCCGCUGCCUUCCCUUUGGCGUCCUCCUCUCCCCUCCUUCUGAUAGUAAAAAUGGCAUCGGGUGGUCGCCUUUUCCUUUGUGUAGUUGUUGCUGUUGCGUUUUUGAUGCUUUGUUGCAGAAUAGAAUAGAAAAACUACGAAACACCCCUAGGCUCCGCCAAGAGGCUCCGCCAAGUCGUGGGUGGCACUUUUCGAAGGUGGUCUCUAGAAGAAGGAACUGAUCAUGGGCUUCCAAAAAGAUAAAUUUGUGUUAGUCAGCUUAGAAGUCAUCGAGGAAGAUGAACGACGAAGCCUAGGAAUGCACUGCUGGGGUUCUAUCUGAUGACAGCUGGUGUUGGAUACCGAAAGAGAAGUAAUUAGGACCUGUGAUGCCAGGCUGACGGGGGGUCAGAAAUGUUAAGAAUCGUAAAGACGUAUCUACUAUACGUAAUUAUUGGUUUUGUUGCGACGAAGAUGAUAGAAGAAGCUCAUGCAAAAUCGGGGGUAGGAUCACUACGUACUGCUGAUAUUAUUAUCAUAUAUUUUUUACUCGUUGAAAAAAAAUACUGAUUGUUAGAUACUUUGCCAUGAAGAAAAAGUGAAAAAAAUAAUUGCACACGAGAGCACUCACUUGGAAAAAAUGGUGGAGAAGCCGUUUGUAUGAAAAGUAGGUAGUGACUCAGUCUUGAAUGAUGAAGACCCCUGUGAUUGAAUGGUCGUGAUGUCUUGAAUUAGUUUUGGAUUUGUUUAAUAGCGUUAUAAUUCUCAUUUUGCGACUGGUUGCUAGUACGGGCACGGGUAGGGUUCGGGUCGUCCAGGAUAUUUUUGAAAGUCUAGAUUGAUGGAGAUCGUCUACGGCUUUUGUUUUCAAAGAGAAAGAAAGAUAGUAAGAGUCGAUUGCUAAUCUGUACUUUGUAACUUCGUACUGAUGUAAUUCUCCGCACUUCAUCUAAUCUCUCAGGCUGCAUAAUAGGGUGUAGUCUAUUUUUUGUUCUUACUAAAUCUAAACAGGAUUUUUUUUUCAGCUCAGAACUACUUUCUUAUCAUUAGGAACAGCACAUACAAGACACGCACACGCAAAUCCAAUGAUAAUAGGAGAUAGCUGGAGAAAAAAAACCUUAACUGCCGAGGGAGUUUCAAGCUCACUGACAGUAUGAACAGACAGGGUCUUGGACAAGCAUCGGCAACAGCAUCCUUGGCUAUUUUCCCAACGGAAAAUGGGGCCAGAUAUGCUCGAAAGGGUGCGAAGGCGGUAGCUCCACGAUGACGAAAAUUAUUUUUCGCAGAAGUCGCCCGGGAUGAAAUCCUAGGCACGACUUUACCGAUUACAUUCAACUAAUCCUUACUAGAAAGAUCUAUCAUGAAAGUUGAAAAUUCCAAUUCGACUUCCAUACACCCUUAUCAAAUGAUUGCCAGACGAACGACCUACGAGCUUGAGAACAGAGAUUCACUUGCCUUCAGCGCAGUCCAGAAAUAGGGACUUUCUCACGAAGAAAGAAGCCUUAGAUAUAGAGGGAUCAUGAUCAUUAAUUUAGGUGUUUGCUGGACUAGUACGUGUACGUGCUGGAGAUGUAGUAGAGCAGUAAUGUAAUUGUUCAUCAAUUCAUCAACUACAACAAACUCCAUGCAGAUAGAAGCUGAUUGUAGAUAUAAAGGAGACACAAAAUGCAGGAACAUGUUGUUGACUAUGAUCAUUUAUAACGACGCAAAAGGAUUGGGAAAAGGAAUAAU